GGAACAUAUUUUAGGGCUCCAGAGUUCUUGGAGAAGAGAAUCGCAUGGCGGCCGCGGUGAAGGAGCUCCAGCGGCAGCUGGAAUUGCGAGCGUCUGAGCUCAACAAGAUUCAGAAAGACAUUAGCAAGAAUCACCAAGUGAGGAGGCAGUACACGAUCCAGCAAGGGGAGAAUGAGAUGGUGAUCAAGGAACUAGAGCUUCUCAAAGAGGACGCCAAUGUGUUUAAGCUCAUUGGACCAGUGCUCGUGAAGCAAGACCUGGUGGAAGCCAAGGCCAACGUGAACAAGCGCAUCGAGUAUAUCACAGGAGAACUGAGGAGACUUGACGGAUCAUUGAAAAGCCUAGAGGAUCAACAAGGCUCCAAAAGAGAAGAGGUUCUAAAGUUGCAGCAACGCUUGCAAUCGAGUAAAGCUAAAGCCUCAGCGUGAGCGAUUGUCAAUGGAAAAAGAGAAAAACUGUUUGGCAAAUCGGCACACUCUAUCCUUUAAGAACCGGAGCACUCAGGUAGACUUUUGUGUUGCUGUAUUCGUCCAGCAACGGAUUAAAGCCACUCUUGGUCUUGACUUGGUUCACGUACGCAAAGCGGCUCAUGAAGUUGCUGGAACUCAUCUGAUGGAAAUGCAAGAACAGUUAGAAAUCGCAUUGA